AUGCAGAAACGGCCAGACCUCUGCAUGAGAGAGUCCGACGCGCUCGGAGGAGGAUGUCUUUCAGGUGCUAGGGCCGCCUUAGGGGGUCCCUCUCAGGAUCCCCUCCUAGACCACCAAUAUCUACAACCACAUUUUACACAGAAUUCGAUCCUAUAUUGCUCUUCUGAAAUGGUUGAGCACCGAAAGAGGAAGCGCCCUCUAUUUUCUACGUCCCCGCCCGUCAUUACGCCCGAGAAGGAUGCUCACGAGCAGCUCCAGACCCAACAGUGCUCUGCUAUUCUCGCAGCGCUGUAUAUCUAUGAGCAGGACGAUGUUCCUUGCUCCUACAACAAGCUAAAGCAGCACUUCAAUAACUCAGAUGAUCUAGGCCGUCAAGGCAGAUCCAUGGUAAGACCUAGCUUUUUUGAGUUGGUAGUGCGCAAUAAUGAGAAGAUGAACAAGACGACUAACGGCUACCUAGCAUGA